AAUCACUCAAUUUUCUUUUACCAGAAAACACACACACACAGAGUUACCGGAUUGGAUUCUUCUUCACUUCUACCGACGAAUCGUAGGAUUUUAGGAAGAGCGACGGUGACAAUCAAAUGGGUUCACGAGCUCUUCGAUCAUCUUCAUCUAGAUUUUUAUCAACAAAACCUAGAGACAUUUUCAUCAGAACCAUCUUCUCUACACCUGAGCUCAGCAAACCAGUAGCUCUCAAGGCGGCGGUUGAACCCGGUGUUGCCAAACUAGCUGGAGCUAGGUUUCACCUUUCACGGUUUUGUUGCCAUGAUCACCUGUUCAUCUCCGGUAAUUGGCGUAUGCCUCUGGUCAAGUUUGAGAAAUCACAGAGGUCCGAUUCUUCUAUCCUAGUGGCAUUACUUCCAGCCCUAUUUCUUGGAUUAAGUUCGACCCCUGCCAUGGCUGAAGAUUCAUCAACUGAAUUAACUGAAACUGAUUUGGGUGGCUUACGCAAAAUUGAUGAUGGAUCAGUAGUAUCAAACAUACAUACAUCCAAGUGGAGAGUCUUCACUGACAAUGGAAGGGAUCUAUUUCUACAGGGAAAAUUGGAGGAUGCAGAGAGGUUGUUUAUGGGUGCAUUGCAAGAAGCUAAAGAAGGUUUUGGGGAAAGGGAUCCUCAUGUUGCUUCUGCAUGUAACAACCUGGCUGAGUUGUAUAGAGUUAAAAAGGCAUUUGAUAAAGCUGAACCAUUGUACUUGGAUGCCAUUAGUAUUCUUGAGGAAUCAUAUGGACAUGAUGACAUAAGGGUUGGAGCUGCCCUUCAUAAUCUUGGUCAAUUUUAUCUUAUCAAAAAUGAAUUGGAUAAAGCUCAUGCUUGCUAUGAGCGUGCUUUAAAGAUAAAAAGACGAGUUUUGGGAGAGGGUCAUGCUGAUUAUGCAGAGACCAUGUACCAUUUAGGGAAGGUGUUAGACCUUCAAGGUAAUGAAAAAGACGCUGAAGCCCUCAUAAAGGAUUCUAUUAAGAUACUUGAGGAAGGAGGUCAAGGAGGAUCUUUCUUAUACACAAGAAGACUACGUACUCUUGUUCAGAUUUAUAUCAAGUCCAACAAACUCACUGAAGCUAUCAACAUACAGAGAAAGAUCUUACAGGCUAUGGAAGAGUCAAAGGGAUGGGAUUCUCUGGAGACUGUGAUUGCAGCUGAAAGCCUUGCAUUGAUUCUUCAGUCAUCAGGGAGUUUGAAUGAAGCAAAAGAACUCCUACAAAGAUGUCUAGUUUCCCGGAGAAAGUUACUUCCCGAAGGCCAUAUUCAGAUAGCUGCCAACAUGCUUCACUUAGCUAGGGUUGAGCUUCUUCUUUUCAACCAAACAAACAAAGAUUCUUCUAAAGCACUUGAUAAUGCACAAGAUCUUCUAUGCAAUGCAACAAGAUUAGCACAACAAGUCUUGGAUAAAUUAAAAAAACAAGGAGCAAACCGUAAAUCUUAUGAAGUAUCUAGGACAGAUACACACUCUCAGCAUACGGCUUUACUUAUACUGUUGCAAGCAUUAAAUACUUUAAGCCAACUCGAAGUUACUAAAUCCGAGUUAAUCACAACGGUAAAUUCAGAUGCCGAAAAAGCUCUUCUUGAUUGCAUUUCCGCUUUCAGACAGUUUGGAAGUGAGAAGGGGUUAUCUAAUUUUGGUGAUAUAAAGGGGGAGUAUCUCUCAUGUCUAAAACAUCUUUCUUCUUUACUAAAACCAUCCAAAAUCAAUAGCUUGAAAAAUUCAAGAAAACCUACUUUAGAAGAAGUGCAAAAUGAGAUCAAGCGAGUUGAAGCUAAUAACACAAAGCCUUACCAAAGAUGAGUAAUUGAUAUGUCAUGUCACGACAUUUUUUAAUUUUAGUUUUUUUUAGGAAUAAAAUUGUUAACUUGGUAUAAAUUUGGUGUAUUCACACUUUUGAAAUAAAUGCCAACACUUUUUUUAUAUAUAUAAUGAUUUCACA